CUCAACGCCUGUGCCGAUGCACAGUAAAGUCCUUGUGUUGGCUUUUGCAGACCUAAGUCCAUUGGAACUAAAAAUGUUUCAACAACUUGCAACUUGCAUUGAAGAAGGCAGAAGCAGCAAGGCAUCCACACUCUCAUAGUCCAGUCUCAUCUGCUCGAACACGGGUCUGGACUUAGCAGGUCACAGGAGGACAACCCUGGUGUGAAAGCCUGAGGGAACCAUGAGGAGAGUCCGCAGGAAAGUGGCCAACAAGGAGAAGGUGUUUGGUUGUGAUCUUCUGGAGCACCUGAACGCCUCCAGUCAGGAUGUUCCACAGGUGCUGCGUUGUUGCACUGAGUUUGUUGAGCAACACGGCAUCGUGGACGGAAUUUACAGGUUGUCCGGGGUUUCGUCCAACAUCCAGAAACUCAGGAGCGAGUUUGAGAGUGACGGGACACCCGAACUCAACAAGGAAGUGUACCUGCAGGACAUCCACUGCGUCAGCUCGCUCUGCAAAGCCUAUUUCCGAGAGCUGCCCAACCCGCUGCUAACCUACCAGCUUUACGACAAGUUUGCUGAGGCGGUAGCUGUCCAGCUGGAAGAGGAGCGUCUGGUAAAAAUCAGAGAUGUCCUGAAAGAACUUUCAGCGCCACAUUACAGGACUCUUGAGUUUCUGAUGUCCCACCUCGCCAAGAUGGCAUCAUACUCACCUGAGACUAACAUGCAUGCCAGAAACCUGGCCAUCGUCUGGGCACCAAAUCUUCUCAGGUCAAAGGAUAUCGAGGUGUCUGGGUUCAAUGGCACCGCCGCCUUCAUGGAGGUCAGGAUUCAGUCCAUCGUGGUGGAGUUCAUCCUCACUCACGCCGCUCAGCUCUUUCCUGAACCAAGUAUAUCGUGCAACAGGAGGAAGUCUCUUCCCUCCCCAACAGCCAUUUUAAGUCAGGAAGAACCUUCGUUAAAGGCUCACCCUCCUGCCAACUUUGGAAACAUCAGUCCAGGGGAUGGUCCUCUUCCAAUAAGACCUUACCACGCUAUCAUAGAAGGCACUGACAAGAGGAAAGGCUCGUUUAAACAAAGGAAGUGGAUGUCCAUCUUCAAUAUCGGCGGUCGGUUCCAUGACCCAAGACGACGCCAUAAACACUCAGGCAAAGAAAAAGACAGACCAUCGUUGAGGCCGGCGAGAAGCAUGGACUCCCUCAGCAUCCCGUUAUAUUCAAAAGAAGGUUCUAAACAACUUCUCCAAACGUCUAAUUCCACCAAAAUGUCGGGUUUGGAGGCUGCGGCAUCUCCUGGUCAAAUUGGCGGAAGCGAAUAUGCCGUGACCUAUCGCAGGGGGACAGGACUUGUAAGCGGGGGCACACAAGGAAUUUACACAGCCCUUGACCCUGAAGGUUUAGGAAGCACAGACACUGACACCGUACUGUCCAGGUCACCGGGACUCACCACAAAAGUGGGUCGAAGAGCAGCAAUGCACAUCACGGGGCCUACCAUAGUAACCGUACCGCUUCAUAUCACCUCAAACUUGGCGUUAGGUGUGCUUCAAGGAGGCGGCUGUGAUAGGGUCGUCCACCGUGGCAGGGAUAAGGAAGGUGAAAAGGUGGAGGUUAGGGACAGAGUAGACAAAGUGGAGAGGAAAGACAGUGGACAAGUGCAAGGGAAGAUAGAAACUGAAGCAGUGACUAACAGGAAAGAAGUCUUGGAUGAGGACGUACUUACUUUAGUUGACAAAAAAGAGGAGGACAAAAAGGAGAGAACGGUUUGUGGAUGGGAAAUAGUGACAGAAGAUCAAUGUGUGCCUAAAGAGACACACGCCAAAAGCCUGAACUCCAAUGCAGAUGAAGAUGUUGAGGGCAAGCAUGAUCUCAAGGAAAUGCAAGGAGAGGCAUCAGAUGAAAUUCAGCGGGAAGCAACUGAACCUGAGGACAACAAUGUUUUUGAUUCUUCCGACGUACUCAACUCCACAGAGGUGGAGCCAGAUGACCAGGAGCUGUCGGGCUAUGUUCAAGACAACUUUGAAUUUCUGGACCAAAUGGACUGUAGCGUCCUGGAUCACAUGGAUGCCAGUGUUUCCUGUCAGGUUCCUCUCCACUUAAAUGAAUUCUCAGUUGAACCUCCUGGACAUUCGGAUGACGAGUAUGAACUCACGGAGCAAGCGUCACAUCAUUCCACUGGGACCGACAUAAGCCCAAAUACAAGUCCUGAAACAAGCAGUCAAAACCAACCAAAGCCCCACCGACAGCUCAGCGUCAAGUCAAACGAGCGACAGGCAAAAUCCCUCAGCUUGCCUCACAUGACCUCGCCGGUGUGCGAACCAGACAGCUGCUCUGACGAAGACAUCACAGAUGACGAAGUCACCGAUAAUUACAGCAGUGAGGAAGAGGACAGCUUGUUUGUUAAAAGCCUCCCUCCGGAUUUCUUUUUAAACAAUUUGUGUGAUCUUCAAUUCGAUGCCAGCUGCACUACCAGUGAUGAUGUUAGCGCUCAGGUAGAUCAGUCACAGAGAUGUGAAGUGAGUGAACGUCAUCUUGAUUGUUCUACUAGUAAGCAACUAAAUGAUGGAGAAGAGAUCCGAAGGGACAUGGAAGAUGGACAGGAGCGAGAGGAGAUACCGCAAAACAAUGACAACGUUGACUACGAUGAGAACAGCCUAAGAACAACAAACAAAGAUCACAAUGUCCUGGAAACUGGUCUGUAUCAUGAUUUAAAACCUCUCCCUUUAGAAGCACCGUCACACCAAAGUGUGGACCUCUCAAAGGAGGAGGACACAGAUGAGUCCAACGUUGUGGCCUCUGAUGUACUGGUGGACACGGGACAACAGGAGGACGAAGAAGAAGAAGUCCGUCAACCUCAAGUCUCCAUCUUUUGUGGCGCCCAGAAAGAAACGGAAGAGACCAAAGAUGUUUCUCGAGGAGCAGGAGGGGAGUUUAAGGCAGACCAGGAUGGGGGGCAAGAGAGUGAAUGGACAGAAGACACUGGACAAGACAGAGAAGAAACAGGAUACUCACUUGAGCAAAAUAAGCUUGAAACCAAAAGAAGCAUCUCAGAAGCUCUCGCAAAUGAAAAUAGCAAAGAACUGCCUUUAGGAUUGUACAAUGAAAAGAUGGAGGAGUGCCACUCAGGGCUUGACGACACAAUCAAGAAAAUCUGGGAUGAGAUUGAGGAGGUCAUCUGUGAACUGAUCGAAGAUGAAGAAAAAAAGAUGGGUGCAAGACAGGUUGGCGAUUGUGAGGAUACUCGGGUCUCAUUUGAGAAUCUUGUGCACUUUGAGGAAGAAGUGACAAGCAAGAGCAAGUGUGACAUGGAAGCUACGGAAGACGAGAUGGAGACAAAUGUAGGGAAGGACGUUCAGGAUAAGACCAACUUAGCAGAGAUGGAGACGAAUGUAGGGAAGGACGUUCAGGAUAAGACCAACUUAGCAGAGAUGGAGACAAAUGUAGGGAAGGACCUUCAGGAUAAGACCAACUUAGCAGAGAUGGAGACAAAUGUAGGGAAGGACGUUCAGGAUAAGACCAACUUAGCAGAGAUGCAGACAAAUGUAGGGAAGGACCUUCGGGAUAAGACCAACUUAGCAGAGAUGGAGACAAAUGUAGGGAAGGACCUUCGGGAUAAGACCAACUUAGCAGAGAUGGAGACGAAUGUAGGGAAGGACGUUCAGGAUAAGACCACCUUAGCAGAGAUGGAGACAAAUGUAGGGAAGGACGUUCAGGAUAAGACCAACUUAGCAGAGAUGCAGACAAAUGUAGGGAAGGACCUUCGGGAUAAGACCAACUUAGCAGAGAUGGAGACAAAUGUAGGGAAGGACCUUCGGGAUAAGACCAACUUAGCAGAGAUGGAGACGAAUGUAGGGAAGGACGUUCAGGAUAAGACCACCUUAGCAGAGAUGGAGACGAAUGUAGGGAAGGACGUUCAGGAUAAGACCACCUUAGCAGAGAUGGAGACAAAUGUAGGGAAGGACGUUCAGGAUAAGACCAACUUAGCAGAGAUGGAGACGAAUGUAGGGAAGGACGUUCAGGAUAAGACCACCUUAGCAGAGAUGGAGACAAAUGUAGGGAAGGACGUUCAGGAUAAGACCAACUUAGCAGAGAAGGGCGAUCAAAAGGCAGCAAAAGAGAAGAAACGCAGCCUUGAGGAAGUGAUGCCAAGUCUUAAAGAGACACAACUCCAAGAGGUCAGUUGUGAUGUUCCGCAGUCCAAAGAACCCAUGACCUAUGAGAUGCGAGGCGCCAGCCAAGGAGCAGCCGCAAGGAAGCUGGUCAUCUCCAAAUCACCAAGAGUUUAUCAAGUCAAAGCUGUGCCGGUGGUGCCCCCAAAACCCCAACACUGCAAGCUAGCGGCCCUGAACCUCCGACAGCAGCAGCAGCAGCGAGAGCGGAGAGACGCUGACGUGCCGGACGAAGAAGCCAGGGUGAAGAAAGAGAGUGUGCACAGGAAGGACAGCGACGAUGGCGUCGCUAGUAGGGACUCGCUCCGAGACAGCCCGCUCAGCAUGUGUUUUGACGAGGCCGUUGCCAUAGCUACCCUGAGGCGGGGAAAGGAGAAAGAGUGCGAGAGGGAAAGGCAGCGAGAUUGGGCAGAAGUCCAAUGAACUUAUUUUGGAAUCAUGAAGAUUUUCUUUGGUCUUACAAGUAAAAUAUGUCAGUAUGGACAGUUAUUUUUAAUCUCAUAAAAAGAGGAAGGUUAAAGAUUAGGACAUUUUCUAGGCAUCGUUUAUUUGUGGAAAAGUAUUCAGACAUUUCCGAGCCAAGUACUUUAGUAUGGUACAGAAGGGUAUGUUUGUUUCGGACAUGUUAAGAAGUUACCCUGAGAGCAUCACGUUUAUGCUCACACAAUUCAACAUGUCCAAAAAGUAGGAAGAAGAUCACAUUUAAUCCUCCCCCUUCUCCUUGCCUGUUACUGAUCAUUCCUUUACAGCAUGUGUUAAACAGGUCAACACUUACAGCUGAAAUAUGCUCUCGCAUCACGUAGCUUGCGUCCAUUCGAGGGAUGGGUGACUUUCACAUUUAAAUUGAUAUGGUACCA